ACUUUACAGGUAUCCUUUCCUCUGUCGCUGUGUUCUUCAUUUGGCGAGCCUCUUCCCCGUCCAAACUUCUCCGUCCGCCAUCGCUCUGCCUUCUUCCUUUCGUUUUUUGCAGCUUGGCCAUGGUGUGUUAAUUGUGAAUUGUGAUGUCGCUCAUUCCGAUACCUUACAGUAUCUUGUUAUCUGCUUCACCCUCCCUAUGAUUUUCCCGCUCUUUUGACUCGAAGUAGCUAUACGAGAACGAGAUCCGCCCUCGAAACAUUUCUGUGUUCCUUCGAGUAUCAUCAUUUGCUUAUUGGUUCGACUUCUUUUCGUCCCAACUAGAACUCUUCAUCUCUCUCACCCGUUUGGCAGCUAGGUUUUGAGUUUUGACGAUUCCAGUAUCGUUAAUUUUGGUGGAUUAGAUAGACCUAGCUGAUUGAAUUACUUGGGUUCUCUUCCGUUUCUGUAGUCCUGACUGAAUACAAGGUGCUGAAGCCUCAGUUGUGCGAAGAAGAAGAAGAAACCUAGAGUAGGAACAAAACAACCGGAAGAAGGAGAAGAGAGGAGCAGAGACGGAGAAUAUUGGGGGUCUUGAAAUUGCAACCAUCAUGGCAGAGCUUUGCACACUAGAUUUGUCAUAGCCGGGGAAAAAUAUUAUGGGUUUAUUGGGUUUAGCCAAUUCAUCAUCGCUUAUAAAUCUCAACGUUGCUUCUUCUACAUCUUCCCUCCGGCCUUCUUUGCCUUCCCUGUUCCCUUCUCUUUCUUCCUUCCGGAUUCAACCUCUCUCCGCAGGGAACAAGAAGUUUGUGGCCCUAGUGCAGAAUCUCGAUCGUAAUUUGGAUAAGGAGCUGCUGAGUGAACCGAUGGAGUCGGACAAGGAUGAAUCCCAGGGUGGUUUGAAUCUAGGCCUCUACCCUCCUCUUGAUCCGUACGAUAGUGGGUUUUUGAAAGUCUCUGAUCUCCAUUCCAUCUACUACGAGCAGUCUGGGAAUCCUAGUGGCCAUCCAGUUGUCUUCCUUCAUGGUGGACCUGGUGGAGGAACUGCACCGAGCAAUCGAAGGUUCUUCGACCCGGAGUUCUACAGAAUAAUCCUCUUUGAUCAGAGAGGUGCAGGGAAGAGUGUACCCCAUGCUUGUUUGGAGCACAACACUACCUGGGACCUUGUCACUGAUAUUGAGAAACUAAGAGAACACUUAAAAAUCCCAGAAUGGCAGGUGUUUGGUGGUUCAUGGGGAAGCACACUUGCGCUUACUUAUAGCCAAUCUCAUCCUGACAAGGUGACCGGCUUGGUCCUCAGAGGAAUUUUUCUUCUACGAAAGAAGGAGAUUGAUUGGUUCUAUGAGGGUGGUGCUGCAGCCAUAUUUCCUGAUGGACGUGCUCAAUCUAAAAGCUGUCAUGUGUUUGGUCUUGAUACAGCUUGGGAGCCAUUCAGGGAUCUGAUUCCAGAAGAUGAAAGAGGAUCUUUUGUCAAUGCUUACAGCAAGAGGCUGAACAGCGCCGACAUGGAAAUUCGAUAUGCAGCUGCAAGAGCCUGGACCAAAUGGGAAAUGAUGACUGCCUAUCUAAUUCCAAGUGAGGAGAGCAUCAAGAGAGGUGAUGACGACAUGUUUUCAUUGGCAUUUGCAAGGAUUGAAAACCACUACUUUAUUAACAAAGGCUUUUUCCCUUCGGAUUCAUACCUGUUAGACAACGUGGAUAAGAUCAGGCACAUCAACACUACAAUUGUCCAGGGAAGGUAUGAUGUUUGCUGCCCCAUGAUGUCUGCUUGGGAUCUGCACAAGGCAUGGCCAGAAGCAGAAUUCAAGAUUGUUAGGGAUGCAGGGCACUCUGCGAACGAACGAGGGAUUACUGCAGAGCUUGUUGCUGCAAAUGAGAGGCUAAAGAAUAUCAUUAGGAACAAAUCGUGAGAGCCAAAGUGAUUCAGAAUCUGGAUUAGGAGAAAAACAAAGCAACCGGGAAGUCGCAUAUGUCUGAAGAGUGAACCAAAUAAUUAGCAGUACAAUGCCAACACAAAGACCAACCUUGUUUGUUAUCGGAAUCCGGUUUUGUGUUUUGCACUUUUUAUUAUGUUUUGAUUAUAUGGCUGCCAUGGUAAGCACUCUGCACCAUCGUGGUAAAACGACGUAAACAAAUUUCGAGAUCGGAGUUCAAAUGAACAAGAUAUAUGAGCGAAAAAAGAAUAGAGAGAGAGAAACAAUGAAAUAGAGUGGGUAAGAACAAACGAAGGGAACAAAAAAAAAA